UAUUUUUACCUUCUAAAUUUUUUUUUACUUUUAUUAAAAAAAAAAAAAAAGAAUCCAGAACUUAACACAGGUUAGGCAAAGGGGGCUUAAAAUCAAAGCCCAGGAUUGGAUUUUACCUGGCGAGGAGCCUCGGUCGCAGAGCACCUGGGUUCGGAUUUUAAGUCCAGCCCUGGGCGUGCAGGGCCGGCGACGCGGCGCGUGGGUUCGAGUCCCGCAGAUGCCGCGUGGCCAUGGCAAACCCGAAAGCCCCUCGACCAGGUCUUCCCUCCAGCCUGGAAACAGAUGUGCGUCCACGUGCCGGACACUCGUGCUACUUUCAUUUCCUCUUUUGGUGGCUUCAUGAGGCAGCUGCAGUGGCGGGAGCCAGAGACAGGGAAGGAACGGCAGUGAGAAGGCGUGCAGGGCGCACGGGCAGAGUCCAGACGGCAGGGCGCCGGGGACCGCGGCGGCACCAGCGCAGUGAGGGCCAGCUCUGCAUCAGGGGCUGCCCGGACACGGGGAAGGCAGGGGGGCAGAGGACCGGGGGCCGUCCCCCCGCGAGGAGCGUGCACCCCGGCGAGCAGCAGAGAUGCCAACCAGCCGCAGGCCAAGGGCGCCCCGCCAGGGCGGGA